AGGAGACGGACGGGGACAUUUUAUUGAGUCGAAGGCUCCCGUCGAUUGAUCUGCUUUCCCGGCCCGCAGCGCAUUGCGCACCUACAGCACAUACAUCCAGCGUCUCAAUACUUGCUACCUCCGGCACCCGUAUCUAGCACACUACGCUCUCUCACCCACUCAUUCGUUUUUAGGUCAACAUUUACUUUCGAUUUACGGUAUACGCGCACCUAGAUUCCACCUAACUUGUUCCAAGGAGACCAAGUUAUUUUAUUUUAUAUUUUACUUGUCGACUUUUCAAGGCGGCGGAGGGAUACAGGUCUUUUAAAAUCGGUGGUGUCAUAGCAGGGAGGGUAAAAGGGUUGGGAAAGGGACAGGGCGGUUUUUUGGAAGGAGGGGAGAGAAAGAAGGACCGUUUUCAUGCAUGUUAUGCAAAAACUGUUGGUGGACGACCAGAUCACGAGUGUGCAGGCAGCAUAACUUAAUAAACAGGCAACCGACUCCCUUUUGGGUCAAUAGUUGCGCUAUCGACUUCACUUUUUGUGCUUGGAUUUUUGACCCGAGAGUUCAUUCGUCUCUCUGGUCCUUUUUUCACUAACCCUCCUCUACGAAGGCUGAUCCUGGGCCAUCGGAAAGUCUUUACCGCUCCCAUUAUCCGGAUUGAGGUCUCUUCCCAUCGGAAAAUCCUUCUGGGGGCAAAACCGCUUUGGCUUAUCGAUAACCUAAUCGAUUCGUUGAGUGCUGAUAGGUUCUGAAACCUAUCAUAAAGCCACUCUACUUCUCAAUGUGUUGCGCUGUGGACCUCCUAACCCGGGGGUUACUGCUUUUCAAUGCAUCUUCGGUGCUGCUUUUUGUAUCAUGUCCGUUCUCUAGUGGCCUUAUUCGUGCUGGAGUUGUUGGAUUUGUGGGCGCUUUGGCGCUUAAAGCGGUGGAUACAUGGAGGUCAGGGCUUGGGUUUUGGGGCGACUUGGUGGUGAUAUACCUAGCCAUGUUAAUUCUGGAGGUGGCGCCAUUUGUCUGGAGGACAGUUAAGUGGGGUGGAAGUUGUGAGAGGGAGGGACUGGGAGGGAGGUUCUUGGGAAAAUUCAGACCGAUUCUUUUCUUUUGUUCAACUACACACGCCAGGUUCUUGCCUAAGGCGCACACAUUCAAGUACCCAUUACUCUAUGUUGGGUUUCCGGUCAAUUUCAAAGGCUCGAUUGGCGGGCUAUUCUCGGUUCUGGAUUCAAAGGAGGAGAGGGAGGAGAAGUUGAAGACGGGGGGGAAGGAGAAGAAACGACCGUUUACCUUUUUUUCACUUGACCCAGCGGGAUAUAUCAACCCAGAGCUGCCUUUCGAAAGAAAACUAGACUCUGUGCUUAUCCAUCAUGGGAUCGACCCAUCUCUUUAUCCUUAUAUAUACCUCGUCACCACCCCUCGAUUUUUUGGGUAUUCAUUCAACCCGGUCUCCUAUUAUUACUUGUAUUCACCGCAACAAGAGCUCAAGCUUGUUGUGCUCGAAGUCCUCAACACCUUUGGAGAGAGGCAUCUAUACCUUCUACAUGCUGAUAACCCUUCGAACCCAGCGCCGAGAAAGGGCUACACUUUUGCGGGGGAGAUGGAGAAGACAUUUCACAUUUCCCCAUUCAACCAUCGCUCGGGAAGUUACAACAUCCAGGUUCGGGAUCCUCUCGACACUGCCUCCCCCGCGGCAUCCGGAGUGGAUAUGCAUAUGGUUGUGAUUGCUAGAGAUGGUACGAAGAGUAUGGUUGCAAGAGCAUUUUCCGUAUCCCCCUCCUUCGAUAUGAUCAACGGGGGCACUUGUCAGGGGUUGGUUAUAGCGGCAACGUGGGGCUACAAUACUUUCUUAGCUGUCCCUUGGACAAUGUGGGAGGCGUGGAAGCUAUACAGGAAGAAGGCUGUUGUGUAUACCCGACCCGAGGUUCUGCCAGGAAGCGGGCAGCGGGAAGCUACAAAAUCUGAGAGGUUUGUCAUUCAUCCGGUGGAGGAGGGCAAGGGCAAGAAAGAGGAGAGGACGGGGCUACCUAACAAGCACAGAGUAUCGACAUACAACCUUCCAAUCUCAGUAACAGUUACUCUACCGGAAUCGAACGCAACUAAGGCAGCGGAAAAUGUGACAUUCUACUCAGACCAGCUGAGCCGAGGUGUUUCCCCCGCACAAGCCGGGGCUUCGGACUCACAAGGACAACCUCCGCCUUUUGGGGAACUAGAUGCACCAUCGCUAUCCAACACAGCGAAAUCCCACCUAACGAUCCGCGUCUCCAACCCCCGUUUUUUCACACGUUUCUUCUCACACCAGGAUCCUCUACAAACAAUAUACUUAGACAUCAUAUCCCAGCCAGACGAGCGGCGUCUAGCGGUGGUAAAUAACUUACCACUAUUCCAGGACCUUCUCCACCCCCAACCAAAAGCAACAUCAAUACUAAAAAACAGGCAACCCCCCAUCAAAUUCGGCCCGUUCAACAUAAUUCCCCGUCUCCGACGUCUAAAGACGUCACUAGAGUUGUCAUCCCUCAGGUCGGACGAGGAAUCUCUAAUCCGACUCUACCCUAUAUCCCACCGAAGCACGUUGGACGAAUUCUUCCGGACAAGCCGCAGGUGCCGGAGAAAUUGUAUGAAGGCGGUACUGGUCGACCUGAUUGCCUUUGGGGAAGCCGAGAGUCUGGACCUCUACGAGAAGGUACUGGAAGUCGGUAUCUGGAGUGUGUCAAUCGGCUUGACCGUCUCGCUCGUGGCAUCAAUGCAACUUGAUAUCGGGGGACUUGCCGGGCUCGGAGGCACCGUGUGGAGCUCCCUCCCGCCAUUUUCGUGCCCUUUGUCUUGGACCGUUCCCGCUGACCUUGCGGGAGUUAAUGCUCCUCUGCUAUGGGGUGCUGCUAAGGCUGUGUUCUAACAACGGUCACUCCCGGAUUGUUUUUAUCAACCGUAUACCAUCUCUUUGACUUGCGUGGCAGCGUGGCACGGCUGCUUUGCACCCAUUGUGUCGAUAUUCAAUUCAUUGUCUAUCUAUUAUCCUAUUGUUCUUCUGUUCCUCCUCUUCCAUUUUUCUCCCUUUAAAAUAGCGUUUCGAGUUUUUCUUCGGGGAUUUUUACCCUUGUGAAUAUUUCUUUCAUCAAAAACGGCGGUCAUUCUGCAUCUAGGGGUUCAUUUCAUUUUUAUUAUUAUUAUUUUUAUUAUACUUUAUUUUGGGUUUUAACGUUUCUUUUCUUUUUUUCUUUUUUUUCGCGAACCUAGGGGCCCGGAAAUGGCAGGACGGUAAGGAGAUUCCUUUUUAAAAAAAGAUCAUUAUUCAUCAAGGAUUAAGGUUAUAACGUUUAAUCUUAUUUUUCUUUUCUUUUCUUUUCUUUUCUUUUCUUUUGCUUUGGAUUGUUUAUUUAUUUUGUCUCGCGUUGAGAAAGAUUUCUAACUACCGUGUCAUAUCAUGCUUGAGAUUUCCUUUUCUCUCUCCUCUCCUCUUCCACGAUAUCUAUCAUUCACACUUCACAUGAUCACUAUUCCCAUCAUUUCUCCUUUGUCGAUAACAUAACGCACUUCACCACAUCCAUUCAUUCCCUCAAUCUUCAUCUCAUCUGUCAUCCUCUUCAUUUCAAUUUCUACUUUAUUUCUUUCCUUUCGGCGCUGGAGGGGGCACAAAAAGGGGGUUAGUCAUUUUUUCAUCCGUCCAUUAGCCAUCAGCUAAAUCCCAUGCCUCCCCCCACCGUCAUCCCUUGGGGGGGGGGAUUUCUUUUCAAUUUCAUUCUUAUUGAUUUAUUUAUUAUAUCCAUUGUUUUUGUUGCAUACCUUCUUGUAAAUUUUUUUUUUUUUUACUCAUCCACCGACACUCACUCCCUCUUCUAUCUACUUAUGGAGAGAGCUAUCCGGGUACAUUUUUCCGCUGUCAAUACCUUCAUGUAGAUCCUUGAUUUUAUUCCUCGUUUCUUUUUUUAACAUGUCCAUUCCGCCCUGGAUAUGUAUAUGGUAUGGUUUGUCCGUUUGUUAACUUAGCGUGGGGAUGGGUGAAAAGGGUAUAAAAUAGGAAUUCUUGACAAAAUUAGUGGAGUGCUGUUUUUGCGCUGGUAACAGUGAUCUACCGGUACUGUACCACUACCGGUACACUGCUGUACUUCCAAAAGGAGCAGGAAACAAUCUUUUCGCGGUACUCGUAAAAGCACAAGUACCGUAGUUAGGAUCCAA